CCGAGCCAUGCCCGACGACGCAGUCUCCUCCUUCAUUGGCGCCAAGCGCGACGCUCUCUACGCCUGGGCUGCUGCGCAGCGGGACGCGGCAAUCUCUCACGCAAAGGCUUCGGCCGAGGCCACCGCGGCCGGCGCGCGCGAGGCUGCGGCCUCCACUGCGGGCGCGGGCGCAGACUGGGCGGUGGAGGCGACGGCGGCCCCCCGCGCGCGAGCGCUCGGCGCGGCCCGCGAAAAGUACGCCGAGUACACCGCGAUGGAGGCGCGCGCGCUCGAGGUCUUGAGCCGCGAGUCGCGACGGCUCGCGACGCAGGUGCUGGAGGCGGGCGAGGCGGCGCAGUCGAUCGCCGCUACGAGCGGUGCGGCUGCGGCGGCGCAGGCCGAAGCGUCGCUCGUCGCCGCGGCGCGGCAGGCGUCGGCGCGCGCGGCUGCCGCAAGCGACGCCUACCCCGAGGGCGUCGCGGCGGGUGCUGCGGCCGCGGUCGGCUGGUCCCUGCGCGGCCAGCUCGCGGACCAGUACGGCGCGGAGGCGGCGGCGGCGUCCGCCUCCCUCUCCGCCGCGGCGCGCGCUGCUGCGCAGGCGGCGGGGGCGCUGCCUCCCGAGCUCCCGCCACCGUGACGAGGAGGGGUCGCUCGAGCGAUUGGGCGCGAGGCUCGUCCAGGCGAGUGUGUGCUGGAGUGGGUUGGUCCGCGCCGUGGCGCGUGUGUGGUGGGUUGUGUGUGCUGUGCUGCUGCCAGUGCAGGCCAGCCGGGCAGCGCGUGUGACGGGUUUGUGCUGUUGUGAAACUGCCCGUCGCCCGUGUGCGUUCAGGGACGAGGGAGUGGCGUGGUCCACCGGAGUUUGAUUCUCAUGCUGAGGGUGCGUCUCUCUUGCACUCUGGCCCGAGAUGCGAUCGAGUCGUUGCAGAGCGCGCGAUCGGCUGGCGACGGGGUCUCCACUGCUCACCUGGUGGCGCAAAGUGAGUUUUGAAUAUAUCUCGUCUACGU